CCUAAUACACUAUGAACCCCGGAUAAAACCACUCCAAAUGAAACAACUAGAAGGCUGGUUUGAUGCAAUAUUUGGUCAGUGGUUAUCGAUUGUGCUUUUAGUAAUGUUCGAGGACUACAAACCGUUAGAUUCAUCAAGUAUUUCUAUUGCAAAAAGAAAGAAUCGGAAGCGAGCUCGGAAGGAAAGGACAAAGAUAGGACGUAAACUUGAUGGGAUUUUCCGAACUUAUGAUGCUAAUGUAGAGUAUGGGGCGAUAGAAGUGAAGAGUUCAUUUGUUCAGAUUAAUUCUACAGAACAGCUCAAAGAAGGACUCAAACUUGGCAAAUCAAUGCACGAUAUGUUGGUUUGUUUAACUCAUUUGGUAAAAUCAAACGAAGAAAAGGUCAGACAAUUGCAGGUUGUCGGACUCCAGCAUUCAGGCAGAGAAGAAUUUAAUGAAAUUCCGGUAAAAAAAGAUAAAGGAUUUAAUUAUGCUCUUAUCAGGUGUUUGAGGGUAAAGGUUGUAAACGAGGAGUCGGCAAAUUCAACAGAAGAGGAAUCCAUACAAGUGAUAGUUAACAGUGACACAACGACACCACCACCUACUAUUUCUUUUCCGUGGUCAUUUGACACAUAA